AUGAUGGAUAUAGACGGCAACGCUGUUUUCCAGUCCAGCUUCAACCAACUCAUCGGCAAGUCCAAGAGAUUGUACUUUGCGCAGCGCCACCUGAGACCUCAUCCCAGCCGAGUGUGUGUCAACCCGCCCGGCUGUGGCAUCAGUUUUGGGCCUGAUGGACCCACACAGGGAUCCUUUUAUCUUCCUUUUCCCAGCAGUGAGCAAGCAAGUCCCUCGUCUGCUGCCAAGAUGAAGUCAUCCAAAACGUUUGGUUUCAACCCUUGCAGUGGGGGGGCAUGUGGCCGCCCGGCGGUGCGUCCUCUGGUGGACACCGGGGCCAUGGUGUUCGUUGUGUUCGGCAUCCUGGGAGUCAACCGGACCGAGCACAGGGACAACCACGUGAUCGGAGAUAUGGGCAGCAUCAUAUUGGAUCCAGACUUCGAUGUGUUCCAGGAAAUGGAGCAUCUUUGCAAAAUCUGUAAAGCUAUAAGUGCAAACACACAACUCGUGAAGCCUGGAGGAGCGCAGUGUUUACCUUCAGUACUGAGAGAGCCUGAGGCGAGGCAGCACUCGGUGUGUGAUUUCAAUCCUGUGCAGUAUGCAGAAAUGAUCUGA